AUGUCAUUCACGAGUGCCGAAUCACCGGCCGCCGCCGUUUGUGGUGGCGGAAACGAUUCUGUUGGUAGCGAUUCUGGUGAGAUUAUGUUGUUUGGGGUAAGAGUAAAAGUUGAUCCCAUGAGAAAAAGUGUUAGUAUGAAUAAUCUUUCUGAAUACGAGCCCGUUAAUAACAACAACGAUAACACUAAUGCUAAUAACAAUGAUAGUGAGUUGUUGAAGAUGGCGGCGGCGAAUGGUUAUGCAUCGGCAGAUGAAGCCGUGCCGCAGCCAGGCAACGGGAGUCGGGAGCGUAAGCGAGGAGUUCCGUGGACUGAAGAAGAGCACAGGCUAUUUCUCGUUGGAUUGCAAAAGGUUGGAAAAGGAGACUGGAGAGGUAUCUCUAGAAAAUACGUUAAGACUCGUACACCAACCCAAGUUGCUAGUCAUGCCCAGAAAUACUUCCUUCGCCGGAACAAUCUCAAUCGGCGCCGCCGCCGUUCUAGUCUCUUUGAUAUCACCACUGAUUCGGUUACUCCAAUGCCAAACAAAGAGGGUGGAAGCCAUCAAGAAAGUGCAGCCCAGACAAUUCUGCCAUCAACCUCUUUGCCUUCUGCAGAAACCUCAAAUCCUUGCUUGUUUGUGAUUGAGAAUAAAGUUUUGGACAAUUUGGCAUACCCUUUGAUUUGUUUUUCGGUUUAUGCACAGAAUAUUCUAACCCAACAAUGUGGUAGGGUUUCUUCUUCAUGA